AUGGAUGGUUCCCUUUAUAAAUGGACAAAUUACAUAAAUGGAUGGCAGCAACGUUAUUUCACAUUGCGCGAUGGUAUACUUUCAUAUUAUACAUCGGAAUCAGAAGUAAAUGCUGGGUGCAGAGGUGCCUUUAAAGUAUCUGUCUGUGACUUUUCCAUUCAUCCAACAGACUCCUGUCGGUUUGAUAUACUGAUUCCUGGUGAGCAGAAGGUUUUUCUGAAGGCAGCAAACUCAACUGAACGCCAGAAGUGGAUAAUUGCACUUGGAACUUGUAAAGCCGGCAUCACAAACGUUGACGAUCUGGAAAAAAUGCGUACGUUUUUAAUUCACAGGAUACAGGAGCAAACGGAACAAUCUAUCGAAGUCAAGCGCUCAGAACUCCGUAUUAAUCGGGAUCUUCUUGUCCAACAAAUAAAUGGGGUUUGUUGUGCGUUGAAGGCAACAGCCGGAGAAAAUAGGGAGAUGAUAGAAGCUGUGAAUUCCCUGAAAGCGACUUGUGAUACUCUUCUUUCAAACACGGAUGAAUUGAUUAGACUCCUCUUUAAUUCUGGUAGAUUUAAAGCUGCCUUAGCCGCAUCAAACCCCGAUGGCAGCCCUGCAAACUCUCGAAAACCAUCCGCCUUGCCUCAGAGUCUUCAAAAUUAUAAACCAACAAGUCGAAAAAAUUCCACUAACACCAGCGAAAUCAGCCCGAGGACAACACGACUUAUCGAGCAAAUUGCAACUACGGUUGCGACUAAUAAAAAUGGCAAUAAAUCUCUAUUAAAUAAUCACCUUCGAGCCCUAAGAUUAUCGCGACCAUAUCCAACGUUUUUCUCCAAAAUGGAGUUUAGUUUCGAGGAUUUGGCAUUGUCUCAAUCCGCUGCUAAUAAAUCGUCAAUUUCAGCUGUGGAAUUCCUUGCUUGUUGCAGAAGUGCUCUAACAUUUUUUCCAAGUUUGGCAAGUGUCAGUGCGAACCCUACUGCUCCGCAAAAUAAUCCUGAUCUAAGUCAGUUAGGAAGUCUUCAAACGGUGUAUGCUGAAGUUUUGACGAAUGUUGUCCGAUUGGAAUUGGCAGUUAAAACCCUUGCUAGUGAAGGCGAAUCUAGUGAACCCGAAACAACCCGGCAACGAUCCUUGGCCUUGUCUUUAGCCGAUAUUGUCGACGUUGAAAUGAGAGCUAAACAGUACCAAAAACCUGGAUCGGCUUAUCUUGCUCUGCUAUGGCUAGCAAGGUGUCUGAAUUUCGCUGCAGAGUUCCUGGAUCUCCUUUUCAAGGAUACUGCAACCGCAUUUCGGCAGAAUUCACCUAAUGAAACUAUUGUUGAAGAUAUUGCAACGAAGGCCUAUACUAAAACUCUUCGCGAUUUUCAUAAUUGGUCCGUUAGGGGCACUGCUACGGUGAUUCUCAAGGCCGUACCCAAAGCUGAGAAGAUACAAGCAGUUCUUUUAUGUGUUCCGACAUCGGACAUUUCGUCAUCUUCUCCGCCUAUUGAGGCUAUGGCCCAGCUUCAAUUGGAUGUUGAGCGUUUCGUGGAGGCAUUACGUCGAUGUCUUGCGUGCAUUCAGGGUCUGCUGGUUCAAAGAAAUUUAGAUCACGUAUUCCCACCAGUAUCAUCGAAAGAGUAG